CCCCCCCCCCCAACGACACCGGCUAGACGUGACGUGACUCACCGACCAUUGGCUGCGCGGGCGCCAUCGACAAGCUGCGCCAGGGGACGACGCACGGGAGCGGGGGGAAGCCAGGAGAAUUUUGUUUCUCAGCAUUGUAACUACAGCUGGGCGGCUUCGUGUGGGUUGGGGUGUGGCUGGGACAGACAGGUAAGCGAUGGAUGGACAGGAGGACAUCCCGCUGCUACUGCGCGAUCAGUUGCAAGGACCAGAGGCAGCCCAGGUGCCAGAUAUAUACUGGGAUUGGUCCGCUGCUGGCCUAUUCUGGCGGCCUUGAUUCCUAUUUUCUACAUCAGACUUGAUAUCGUCAGGCAUCAAUCAACACUUUGCAUACUUUCGUACACUUUCAUUGCUUCAUACGUUCAACAUCAAUCAACCACACGACAGCUUUUGCUUUAUUUUGCCUACAAACUCACUUACCUGCCCCUGCGCAUAGUCUCUUUUACUCGUUUCAUUCCCGCAUUGAGAGUUUCAACUCUCGGUUCUUGAAACUCUAUCCGUGCAAGGCGGCGCGGCAUUGGCCAUGUCGUCGUCCACAGCCCAGCUGCUGGUGGCAGCCUUGCGCAGCCAAAACAUCCAAGACCACCUCUUCCCACACCUAUCUACAGCCGAUCUGUGCUCUUUGCGCCGCGCCUCGUCGGCAUGCUGCAAUCUCCUCACCAAGCCCCUCUUCACACGCAUCACUGUCACCUUCACAGCCAGCACAUUCACCAAGCAGAGCCGUCUGGCUGCGCUAUCCCGCGUGGGCCAGCAUGUCGAACAUCUUACCUUUCACUUCUCCCACUCUGACUCUACUUUCCUCCCGCCGCUGGUCCACCCGGCCACUGGCGAGGAAAUCUGCUUCCUCUACACGCCGCACACGAGCAUGGACUCAGCGCUUACACGGCCAAAGUAUGCAAACUCGGAGCUGGGCGACAUCUUGACACAGCAGUAUCCCCCGCUGUUCCAUGCCGCUACCAAUGUUCCCAGUUUCAUCCAUGCAAUGACCAACAUGCCUAAUCUGCGACACUUGACGGUGCGCUGCCCGGGCCAGAACCCAGCGGAGCGGUACAGGCGCGAUAUUGUCGACUAUGCGCUCAUUAGCCUGCGCAUCGCUGUCGAGAGGGCCCCAUUGACCAAACUGCACAAGCUGUCCCUUUCCCUGCACCCCUCGGCACUUAACUACCUCCGCCAUGUAACUGGCUUUGGGAGCGUCCCGUCUGCCGGGCGCCGCUGGAAGCAGAUUCGCAAGCUUCACAUGGCUAUUGAGUCGUGGGACUUUUACGGCCCGUCCCCUGGUCUCGAUCAUCUCAAGAUCAUCGACGACUACAUCCGCACUCUGUCCCCCACACUAGAGAAGCUGUCAUUUACUUGGCUGGGUGGCCGCGGUCCUUGCCCCAUUGCAUUGUUUGCCGAUCCGCUCUUUGCUCCCCCUCGCGCGUCCAAGAAGCUCUUCCACGAGGUCACUUCACCCAUGUCCCCUCUUCCAUGCCGCCCUGCGCGCUCUCCCAUCCGCAUCCCCAACCUUCGACACUUACAGAUCCGCAAUGCCGUCAUGAACGCAUGCCAGCUAAAGGACCUGAUUGCCUCGCACCGCGACACAGUCAAAGAGUUUGACUUUGACAAUGUCUAUCUUGGCAACAACGCUGCCUGGGAAGAUGCACUGGCUCCUGUGGACAAUGACCGCACUUGGUCACGCAGCAGCCGCAUCAAUUCCUACGACUGCGGACCAGUCAGCAGCGACGAUGAGCUUCCCAGUCCCAGUGCCGCUGUCAGUGCCGUAGGCAGAGAGCUCUUCGAACACGAUAUCGGCGGUUUUCCGUUCGGCUUUGGUAAUGAGUCUGUGGGCGACUUCCCAUGCGAUGCUUCCGUAUCAAGGCAGUCUACGCUUAGCUUCAGCACCACGCUGAAGAAGAAGCGAGGCAAGCGCCGCAGACUAAGACGCCCAGAUGAGCAUCAUGACAAGACAUCUGGCGAUGAACGUCCUGUGACUCCCAAGUCCUGCCGCUCUGAGCGCCCUGUCACCCCCAAAUCCAGCCACUCAGAUCGGCCAGUCACACCUAAACGCUCUCCUUCAACAGCUGCCCCCACUACGCCUACAAGACCGUCGCGUGGCUCAUACAGCAGCAGAGAGGAAAGCAUGCCACGUUCACCUCCUUCCCCUAGCGCAGUCCUCUCCAAUCGCUCCGGGUCUCCCCGCUACCGCAAGCCUUCUGUCUCUACUAUCCCAGAGGUGGUAUCGGCUCCCAUCCCCAUUCCCGAUGCCAACAUCUCGUCUCCGAUCCUCGUUGACGAUCCUCAGCCCGUGCUCUUACAGCCUGCUGUUUACGAUCCCAAGAAUCCAUUCAAUGGAAUCAAGGGUAUCUCUUCAGUCCAGCGAAACAUUGAGCAGGAGGAGGCGCACCGCAUGAUGGCGGAGGACGCUGAGGCGCGAGGUUCGGCUCUCCAAAGGGCCAAGGAAGCCGUCAUCAAUAAGCUUGGCCGUGAAUUCUCGGUCAAGAAGAACGUCAAAGGUGACAAGAUAUCCGAUGCUGGUGCCGUUGCUGCUUGCAGGUCCAUGGCCAAUCGCGACUUCAUGUCUGGACGCUGCAGUGAUGAGGUAUUGGAGGAUACAUACUCCAUGAACUCGAGAACAAGCAUGCUAGUUCCGCUCAUGUUUGCUCGCGGCUAAGCACGUCAUGACAAUCAUGAUUUUAUUACACGCUUCUUGAAUGUGUUAUGUUACGACCCUUUUUUAUGGACCUGAUGAUGCUACGUCAUUCUUCAUCUUUUAUGCCAAUACUUAUGACCCUUUUUUAUAUUAUUU